GAACCGCCCCGCCCUGACAGAAGUCUUCGCUCCGGUGUGUCGCGAUGUCUCUGUUUGUGUCGCUCCAGGCAGUACUGGUGGCCGUCUCUGUCGCAGCUCUAGCUGGCCAGCCGGCAAACGCCCUCUUAACAGCUGAGGAGCCGAUCGUCACGAUAGAUAUUGGCUGCGACGAUGUCAGCAACGAGUGCAAUAUCACUGACAGAACCUCGACUCUGGUGUUCCGAUGUACCAGUCCCCCCAGCCCCCCGGACACCAUAGUCUACUGGGUGCUGGGAGAGUACCAGGUGGUCGAUCUGUCAGAGUUCACUGAAACCGGUGAAACUGGUCUCGCCAUCACUUUUGAAAAGACUCUUGUCAGCGAUGGAUUUGCCAAUACCUACAGUGAUCUAAAUAUGACCAUUACCGGCACUGCGAGGUUGUUCGAAAGUUUCAAUUCCACCAAUUUCACCAUCCACUGCAUCUCUGUUUUCAAAAAUGUCAACAUCAUGAGGAGCCCGGACAUCACCUUCUUUGACAGUGCAGCUGGACGUCCCGCUCCCCUUGCUCCUACCCCCACCUCCACCCCCUCCACUCCUACCCCCCGCACGGUUCUAAACUGUCCUAUACCGGAUGAUGAUGAUGAUGAUGAUACCGCUACUCUCAUCAUCGUCAUCAUCGUCUGCUUCAUAGUGGGUGUGGUGGCAGCUGUCGCCAUCUCUGGCCUUCUGUGCUGGAAAUGCCGUGGAAAUGAAGGGUCCAAAAUGUGA